UGAACAAGAACAACGAGGCAGAUAUUGAGCAUUCAAAAAUCGCCGCAUCGUAAUCAUCCAGCCGGUGUGAAUUUACGCUGCGUCACUGUCGACCACAAGAACCCAAGAGCUUGCCACAAUCUUCACAGUUUUUAGCUGAACAGUCGAUUAGCGCUCGUUCUUUUGAUCGGAAUACAUUCAAAAUGGUGGCGAAGCGGAUACUUUUAACUGUUUUGAUGCUGGUUCACUGUUCAAAGCUAGGUGUGUCUUUGCAGUGUUAUACGUGCUCCGGCAGCGUCAAGGAUUGCAACAGCGUAACAGCGAAGUCAACUGCUUGCCUUGACGGACAAGACAGGUGUAACAGCUUGAUGAUCACGAAGGAUGGCGAGACAAAUGUGGUUCUAGGAUGUGGAACUGACAACGAUUACAAAUCAGCCGAGAAUACAUGUAAAGACGCUGAAAAGAAUGUUAGGACAACUUGUGAGACCAAAUUCUGCAAAACAAACGAAUGUAAUACACCGCCAGCAAAAGUCAAUAACUUGCGGUGCUUCGAGUGUCAGAGUGCCGAGUCUAUGGACCAUUGCAUUCAGAACAGUCACGCAGUGACUUGCAAAAGCAGCGAGGAAGAGAGAUGCGCCAAGUUUACUUCAGAGCUGCUCAUGGGAGACAAGAAAGUCAUGGUGUACCGAAAAGGGUGCCGGGCGACCGCUGCUUGCGAAAAAGACAAGGACUUCUUCAUGCAGCAAUGCGGCAGUGAUGAUACUUGUCAAAACUUGUGCUGUGAAAACGAUUUGUGUAAUGCGGGCUCGUUGUUUACUGUCAGUGUUGCGAUAAUGUUUGCAAGCGUAUUUACGGCUAUUUUUUUCAUGUAAAGAAAUGGGGUACUUUGUGCCUGUUUAGUUUUAACGGCAAAGUAGGCAUAAAACUUUUCUUUUCUUAUUUUGUAAUGAUACACAUAUAUCUUUUUUACAGUCAGAUAAUCAAAUAAACUGCCAAGUUUUUAUUGUAGGUGAUAGCUUCAAAGCAAGGCCAAGUGUAAAUCUUUGUAGAGUACUCGAAUUUAUAUACUUUUUUUUACUACCACACUAGCUAACAAGGCUAUUUUGAAAGCGCAUGCGUCUUCUUGAAAAAUCGAGCCAAUGAAGUGUACUCAUGACAAAAAUGCUCGACGUGAUUGGCUACUUGAUAAUCUGUAACAGAGGACUGCUAUCUGCAAAUGAUAAGCUAUUUCAAGCUUAGAGGCAAUCAAAAUGGUUUUUAAUGCACCCUUCACCCUGGGACGUUCUCAGUUUCCUUUCAAGGGUCUACAGUCAGGAACAAGCAUUCCUUAUAAUUUUAAGUGAAAACAAAACUUUUGAAGCUAGGAGCCGUGGGACGUGGUUACGGCAGAAACAAGGCCUUGACUUAUUUUGAGAUCCGUCUUAGAAUCUACGUAAUACAUCACUAAGUAAACUGCGUAGGAUGAAUGAUUGGUUAAGCAUCCACAUUCAUCAUCCAUCAUAUUAAAUAUAUAUCUGCAUUCUUGCUGUUGAAUCCCACACCCGUAGCUUUGGUCUAGUGUGUAAAAUGUUUAUCGUAGAUAUCAUUGACAUGAAUAAACGCAAUUUUUCUAUAAACA